UAUAUCCGGGAUAUAUCUUUCGUUGCGGCGUGGCUGCUGAUUAUUACGACUCAGGUUUUGGGGUAUGGUUGGGCGGGCCUCCUAAGGAAAUACGUAGUUGAACCGUCACACAUGUGGUGGCCCAGCACCCUCGUUCAGAUCUCCCUCUUUCGCGCACUUCACAACGAUGGCGAUGAUGGCGAAGACGAUCCUAACAACGACAACAAAAAACGCAUGUCACGAUCAAAAUUCUUCGUCAUUGCUCUUGCUUGUAGUUUCUUUUAUUAUCUGCUUCCGGGAUACUUCUUUCAAACGCUACAAAGCAUUUCAUGGAUAUGUUGGGCAUUUCCUAAUUCCGUCACGGCCCACCAACUGGGGUCGGGGUUCUCCGGCUUAGGCAUUGGAGCGUUUUCCCUCGAUUGGGCCACAACGGCUUCGUUCUUGUUUAGCCCUCUUAUUUCCCCUUUCUUUGCCAUAGUGAAUGUCUUCUUGGGCUAUUUCAUGAUAAUGUAUGUGGUGAUUCCGUUAUCGUAUUGGAAAUUUAAUGUGUACCAUGCCAAGAACUUCCCGAUUUAUUCGGCUGAUUUGUUCACCGGAGAUGGUCAGUUGUAUAAUAUCACGAAGAUCGUGAAUAGCAAGUUUGAGAUCGAUUACGAUGAGUAUGCAAAGCAAGGGAAGGUUAAUUUGAGCACGUUUUUCGCUCUGACUUACGGUUUUGGAUUUGCUACAAUCGCAUCUACGAUCACUCAUGUUGGUCUUUUCUACGGAAAGGAGGUAUAUCAUCGUUACAAAGCAUCCGCCAAGGGUAAGGUCGACGUGCACACGAGACUUAUGAAGAACUACAAAGACAUACCGGCAUGGUGGUUUUACGUGCUUCUUACCGUGACGCUUUUGGUUAGCCUCGCCCUCACUAUCUUCAUGAAAGAUCAAAUACAAAUGCCGUUUUGGGGGCUAAUAUUCGCGGCUGCCAUUGCUUUCUUCUUCACCCUUCCCAUUAGCAUCAUCACCGCAACCACAAACCAGACUCCGGGCUUGAAUAUCAUCACGGAGUAUGCUAUGGGAUUAAUCUACCCCGGAAAACCGAUUGCGAACGUGUGCUUCAAGACCUACGGCUACAUGAGCAUGGGACAAGCCAUCUCAUUUCUAAGCGAUUUCAAGCUCGGCCAUUACAUGAAAAUCCCGCCAAGAUCGAUGUUCUUGGUUCAGUUUCUUGGAACAAUAAUAGCCGGAACCGUAAAUUUAAGCGUCGCGUGGUACCUAUUGAACAAUAUCGACCAAAUAUGUCACCCCGAUCCGAAGUCCAAUAGCCCGUGGACGUGCCCAAAUGACCACGUGUUCUUCGAUGCAUCGGUUAUUUGGGGAUUGGUCGGGCCAAAAAGGAUCUUCGGUCCUCUAGGAAACUAUGGUAGUCUUAAUUGGUUCUUUUUAGGCGGGAUCCUUGGCCCGGUGGUGGUAUGGUUAUGUCACAAAGCAUUCCCAAAUGUAUCGUGGAUUCCUCUCAUUAAUCUCCCGGUGCUCCUCGGUGCUACCGCCUAUAUGCCGCCAGCGGCCGCCGUGAAUUACAAUACGUGGAUAUUAGUGGGGACCAUUUUCAACUUCUUCGUGUUUAGGUACCGGAAAAUGUGGUGGAAGAGGUACAAUUAUAUUCUCUCGGCGGCUCUUGAUGCCGGAGUUGCAUUUAUGGCGGUUGUACUGUAUUUUUCGACGGGGCUUGAGAACAUAAACGUACAUUGGUGGGGGACCGAUAACGCGCAACAUUGUGAUUUUGCCGAAUGCCCGACAGCGAAGGGGGUAUCGGUCGAUGGUUGUCCUUUAUUUUGAUCUUAUUUCCUCGUAUCAUCAUUGUUCACAACAAAAAAAACCUUCAUGUUUUUCUUGUUUUUUUUCCCCUCAAAAUUUAAGUGAUUUUAAAGUGUCAAUUUCUUAGUAACAUAUGUUUAUGUGAAGUGAAAUUUAAUGGAAAA